AUGGAGACAGAGAAGUGUCAAAUUGAAGCACUUACUAGAGACAUUGAGCAAUCAAGAGCUGAGCUUAAAGAACAAGAAGAUGAUUUCAAGCAUCAAUUACAAAAGCAAGAACAAGAAUUAACAAGGAUUUCUACUUGGCUUCAUAAGCAUCAGGCAGAGUUUAAAGUUUGUUUGAGUAAAAAAGAGCAAUUAGAAAGAAAAUAUGAUGCUGAUAAACAAGAUGAUAUUGAAGCUGUUAAAAAACAGUUGAUUAAUGAACAUUCCAAACCAAUUGAAACUUUGGCAGAUGAAGGAGAGAAAACAAAAGGAGAAUUAAUGAAGGCAAAGGAACAGUUUUUUAAGGAAAAGACGAAACUGGAAAAAAGAAUCAAAGAAUUAGAACAAGGAGAAACAGACAGAGUGAAAGAAAUGGAAGAAGAAAUUCAAAUAUUAUCAGCUCAAGUCAAUGCUUAUAGUCGGGAGGUAGAGAAACAGAAAGGAUUAAGGACCCAGAGUCAAGAGAAAUACAAAACUGAGGUUAAUGAGUUAAAUGAGAGACUUGCUAAUGAAAUAAAGACCAAGCAACAACUGAAUAAUGAGCUGGUUGAGAUGAGACAACAAUUAGAUAGUGUAUCUAAGAAACAUGAAACUGAGACUGCUGAGUUACAAGAGAAGUCAAAACAAAUAGUACAACAAUUACAUCAAAUGAUUCAGGGAGCAUAUGAGAGACUUGAAAAUGAAAGGAAGUCCAAGGAGCAACUGGCUAGUGAGCUGGCUGGGUUGAAACAACAGUUAGCCAAUGUAUCUGCUGAUAAGAAAGAAGCAAUAUAUUCCCAGCAACAACUAGCUAGUGAGCUGGCUGGGUUGAGACACCAGUUUGAUGCUGUAUCAGUUAAUUAUGAUCAAUUACGGACAGCAUAUCAUGAGGAACGAGCAGAGGUCACUAGACUAGAGGAUCAGAUGAAAAAAAUGAAGCAAGCUAAUGUGAAACUGAAAGACAGCCUUCAGCAGCUACGAAUCCCCUCGACCCCCCAGCCUAUGGCUGCCCCUCAGGAUCAUAGUAUCAGAGACUUGCAACGUGCUUCUUAUCCUGUACCUAUCACUAUUGGUACACAUCAAAACUUUGUUCCUUCUGCACCUGUCCCUGGUGGUCCUAAACAAGUAGUACAGAGUGAUGGUGAUGGUGUGUUAAUAGUAUCAAAGACUGAGGGAGUCACUCCUGCUCAUCAUACUGAUAGUGAUAGUGUCCCUGAAGAUAGUCCUCCUCUAAUGUCUAAAGAAGAAAUGGCUAGGAUGUUUAAAUCACGUGAUCAACAAGGCAGCAGUGAUUGGACACAGUCACCUCAACAGGUUAAAGACUCGUUAGUAAAAGAACAAAGGAGACAAGAAUUAGCAAUGAAAGUUGAUGAUGCAAUACUUGAAGUUGAACGUAUGAGAGAAUCUCAACAAAAUGUAAAAAAGCAAAGUUCUGUUUCUACUAAAAAAGUACCUUCUCCUUCACAGCAAACUUCAUCAAAGCAAAAAACAAAACCAAAGGUCAAGAAAAAUCAAGCAAAGCAACAAGCAUCUGAUGAUUCAGAAUCAGACAUUGAAGAGAAUAAACUGAUUGAUAAUAUUGAUGAAGAGAUACAGCAAAUGGCUGAAGAUGUACGUAAGGGAAGCAGAGGCCCUACUACAGCUGAGAAAUUAAAAGCUUAUAAGUCAAGAGCUACACCUACAACUGACAAUCCUCGGUUGUCAGCUUAUGGUGGUGGAGCUAGAGAUGAGUACGUAAUGAAUCAAAAAGAAACACAUCAUCAUUCUAACCAACUUCACUCUGAUGAUGUUGCUGUUGCUAAUGUACGACCACUAAUGACAGCUGAAGAUAUGGCAAAACUUUUUAAACAACAGCAGGAACAGCCAGCACCUCAGCAACAGCAGCCAGCUGCAUCUUAUAGACCAGAGCGGCAGCCACCUCAACUAGAUUAUAAUACUCCUCCAUCAUUAAUACAAUCAGAAGCAGACACUGAUAAGUUACUGAAAGAGUUAGAUCAGUCGAGAAAGACAUACGCAGCAACUCCUCGUAAUCCUUCUCCAGUUCUCCCUAGACUUCAAUCUCCUUUGCCUGAGCUUGAUUCACCUCAAGAGCUACCAGAAGAUGAUAAAGACAACAAUGAUGACAAAGGCAGGCCUUUAGAUCCUAACCUCAUCUGCCCUAAGUGCGGUAAACAGUAUCGUGUAGGUCAAAUUCAAAAACUAAGAAGACACAUGAAUGCUCCAUGUUCUAAUGAGGAUUCAGAUGAGUCUGAUGAAGAGACUGAUAAAGAUGAGGAGGAAAUACGGCAAAUGGCUGAACAGCGUCGCAAAGAAAUGCAAGGCCCAAGUACAGCUGAGGUUCUGUUUAAUGACGACAAUAGUUCAUUGCCUUACGACCCGAAUCUUGUAUGCCCAAAGUGCGGAAAGCAAUAUCGAGUAGGAGAGAUCCAAAAGUUAAGAAGACAUCUCAACGAGUUUUGCACAGGAAUAAGAUAAAGAUUUUUGUAAUUUUUAGAAUACUCAUUUUUCAACAUUGAUUUUUUAGAAUGCUAUAAAAUACCAUAUUAUUCUAAUUAAU